AGGUGGAGCUAGAGACCGCCGGGGGUGGAGUUUGUAGGGAGAAGGCGCUGCGGCCAUUUUGUUGGGUGUUUGUCGCAGCGGCUGGAGAGAGGGUACGGCGGUUUGGCAACAUUUCUCGGCCAGACGGCCUUUUGCUUUUGCAGAGAUGCGGCAUUCCAAAAGAACUCACUGCCCUCAUUGGGAUGAUAGAGAAAGCUGGGGACAUGAAAGCUACAGUGGAAGUCACAAACGGCAGAGGAGAUCGCACAGUAGUACGCAAGAGAACAGACAUUGUAAACCACAUCACCAGUUUAAAGAAUCUGAUUGUCACUAUUUAGAAGCAAGGUCCUUGAAUGAGAGAGAUUAUCGGGACCGAAGAUAUGUUGAUGAAUACAGAAACGACUACUGCGAAAGAUACAUUCCUAGACAUUAUCACAGAGACAUUGAAAGCAGUUACCGAAUCCACUGCAGUAAAUCUUCAGUCCGGAGCGGGAGAAGCAGUCCCAAAAGGAGGCAUAAUAGACACUGUUCAAGUCAUCAGUCGUGUUCGAAGAGCCACCGAAGGAAAAGACCCAGGAGUAUAGAGGAUGAUGAGGAGGGUCACCUGAUCUGUCAAAGUGGAGACGUUCUAAGAGCAAGAUAUGAAAUCGUGGACACUUUGGGUGAAGGGGCCUUUGGCAAAGUUGUAGAGUGCAUUGAUCAUGGCAUGGAUGGCAUUCAUGUAGCAGUGAAAAUCGUAAAAAAUGUAGGUCGAUACCGUGAAGCAGCUCGUUCAGAAAUCCAAGUAUUGGAGCAUUUAAAUACUACUGAUCCCAAUAGUGUCUUCCGAUGUGUCCAGAUGCUAGAGUGGUUUGAUCAUCAUGGUCAUGUUUGUAUUGUGUUCGAACUGCUGGGACUUAGUACCUAUGAUUUCAUUAAAGAAAAUAGUUUUCUGCCAUUUCAAAUUGACCAUAUCAGGCAGAUGGCGUAUCAGAUCUGCCAGUCAAUAAAUUUUUUGCAUCAUAAUAAAUUAACUCAUACAGAUCUGAAGCCUGAAAAUAUUUUAUUUGUGAAGUCUGAUUAUGUAGUCAAGUAUAAUUCAAAAAUGAAACGUGAUGAACGCACACUGAAAAACACAGAUAUCAAAGUUGUUGACUUUGGAAGUGCAACAUACGAUGAUGAACAUCAUAGUACUUUGGUAUCUACACGGCAUUACAGAGCUCCAGAGGUCAUUUUGGCUUUAGGUUGGUCUCAGCCUUGUGAUGUUUGGAGCAUAGGUUGCAUUCUUAUUGAAUAUUACCUUGGUUUCACAGUCUUUCAGACUCAUGAUAGUAAAGAGCACCUGGCAAUGAUGGAACGAAUAUUAGGGCCCAUACCAACACACAUGAUUCAGAAAACAAGAAAACGGAAGUAUUUUCACCAUAACCAGCUAGAUUGGGAUGAACAUAGUUCUGCUGGUAGAUAUGUUAGGAGACGCUGCAAACCAUUAAAGGAAUUUAUGCUUUGUCAUGAUGAAGAACAUGAGAAAUUGUUUGACCUGGUUCGAAGAAUGCUAGAAUAUGAUCCAGUGAAAAGAAUUACCUUAGAUGAAGCAUUGCAGCAUCCUUUCUUUGACUUAUUAAAAAAGAAAUGAAAUGGAAAUCAGUGGUCUUACUGUAUACUUCUCUAGAAGAGAUUACUUAAGACUGUGUCAGUCAACUCUAAAUAAACAUUCUAAUAUUUUUGUAAACAUUAAAUUAUUUUGUACAGUUAAGUGUAAAUACUGUAUAUUUUGUAUCAUAAUUGUUAACUAUAGUCUUGAUAAUGAAAUGUAAAUUUAAUUUUUCUUUUUGAAAUUAAUUACAAUUUUUAAAUACCUUUGGAAUAUCCUUUGUGUCCAGUGAUAAAUGUGAUUGAUCGCUUGUCUUUUGUACAUGGAGGUUGACUAUUUGAAGUGAUUUUUUUUGAGUAAAAGGAAAUCUCAACUACUUUAUUCUUACUGAAUAUUCUUUAUAUACCUCAAAUUCAGAACUUUUCUUAACUUUAAAAGUUUUUUUUCUGGAAUCGUUGAACAAGUAAUAAGUAUUAUUAACUAUGUAGGCAGGCAUUGGAAACCAGAACCCUUAGGAAAUGUUUACUUUUGAGAUUACAUUAAAUUUUAAGUAUUUGUGUUCUCUCUUGUCAGGUGAUAUAUCGGUAGUAAAUAGCAUUCAUGAAAAGGCAUCCAGUUUGUCUCUCAUACGACAGGUUGUUUAAUAAAACCACAUACACACUUCAUUUAAGAUUAAAGUCUAAUUAGAAAGUCAGCUUGAAAAGUUCUGUUUUCUAAGAGCUAUUUAGUGAGUCACAAACAUGGAAAUAGGAAUUCUGAUGACUGAGGUUCUAGUUUUUAAUGCCAAAUCUUGAGUCUUGAAAAUGUCUUGUACCUGUUUCCUUAUCAAAUGGAGUAAAUAAAUAUUUAACUCUCAGCCUA